AUGUCGCAAGUUAACCUCAUACUCCACGUCGUGGACGACAAAGGCCCUUUGACCUUGUCCCUUGUCACGUCGGUUGACGAAAAUUGCACUUUUGCUAGUUUGCUCGCAGAGUGGAAGUGCAUCAACAAACAUGCAUUAAACGGCCUGUUCACUUUCAGAAGAAUCGCGCUAUCGGACGAUGACACAAAUAUUAAUUCUUUCCUAGUUUGGGACUAUAUGAAAGAGCGUCAGUCGUCAAAUGUGCGUCCUAGUUUACUUAGAGAUACACAUUCGUCUGCAAAAGCGCAAAACAUUGAACAUGGCCUUUGCCAGAAUUUUGUUCAGCUACAAGUUGCCUGUGAG